AUGCAGUGCUGUUUCUCCCUCUCUCUUUCUCUCUCUCUCUCUCUCACUCACUCACUCUCUGUUUCUAUCUUGCGCACGCGUCUGUCUCGCUCUCUCGCACAGUGCUGUUAUUUGGCGCGCGUCCUCGCGGAGAGAAAUACAGUAGGCCAGCAGAACCAGCCAGAGGCCCAGAGGCAGACGAACAUGGCGGAGGCCAACAGCAAGGGAGUCCGCUGCAAUAAUCAGUGGGUGAGGCUCAACGUCGGCGGCACUUACUUUCUCACUGCCAGGACAACGCUUACGCGCGAUCCCAAUUCAUUCCUUUGCCGAUUAUGCCAGGAAGAUUCUGACCUCAUCUCCGACAGGGACGAGACUGGGGCGUAUCUCAUCGACAGGGACCCAACGUACUUCAGUCCAAUUUUAAACUAUCUAAGACAUGGCAAACUUGUCAUUAACAAGGAUUUGACUGAAGAAGGUGUGCUCGAGGAGGCCGAGUUUUAUAACAUAACCGAGCUCAUAAGACUUAUCAAGGAGAGAAUCCAUUUGAGAGACAGUCGACCAACAAAGGAUUCAAAAAAGCACGUGUACAGGGUCAUACAGUGCCACGAGGACGAGCUCACGCAAAUGGUCUCUACCAUGUCCGAUGGAUGGAAGUUCGAGCAGCUCAUAAACAUCGGCUCGCAGUACAACUAUGGCAACGAGGACCACGCCGAAUUCCUGUGCGUGGUGAGUCGAGAGUACGGACCAACACAACUCAACAGCAAAGAGCAAGAGUCGACGGACCGCGUCAAGGUACCGCCAAUAACCCGCAACUCAAACUCACAAAACAGCCAGAAUCAAUCCAACUAGUCCAGUAUAUAUACAAUACCAAUGCCUACUUUUUUUUCUGUAUCUUAUGCUAUACCUUAUGUUUGGUUUUUUCUCUCAACUAUUAUUAGGCAUUUGUUUGAUGUAUUGUAUUACCGGUAUUAUUACCUUUUUUUAUUUGACUGUAUUUAUAUAGUAGAAGAUUAUUUGCAGAGCUUGAGGUUGUCCAUUAAGAAUGACUUUUUUUGGUCAGAUAUAAUAACGCUUGCUGUAAAAACCGAUACGGAGCUGUAUCACUUUCGACGAUCGAGAGAGAAAGUAUUGUGGAGAAUAUUAUAUCGAACAGUAUUAUUGAUUUAGUUAACAAAGUUUUGCUUGCACGACUCUUUCUCUAUUGUUUGAAACG